CUGUCGCCGCCGCCGCUGAGAAUUCCGAGAUUCGGAGCAAGGGGAGGGGCGCGAAGGGAGGGGGCACGGCCAUGUCGUCGCUGGGGACGUCCAAGGGGAUCCUGGAGAUCGCCAAGUUCGGGGUGUACGUCGCCGUCCCCGUAACCCUCACCUACCUCGUCGCCACCGACUCCAAGUCCAUCAAGAAGCUCAUGGGCCUCCGUCCUUAUGUGGUUUACCCACCAGAAGGCCCACGCCCACCGCCACCAGAAGAACUUCGCGAAAGGGCUCGAGAGAUAGCUCGUAGCAGAAAUCAAGAGUAAACAAGUGGACCAUUAUUGCUUCAGAUAGUUCUUACUUGGACCAUCUGCUGCACGAACCUAUGACCCAAGAGGAUCAGGAAACAGGAGCACAAGCUGUCUUGCGGGUGUAUUGGUUGUCAAUAACAUGCUUUUGCUGCUUAGAGUAUUGGAAGAAACUCACUUGGCUCCAGUUAUUCUGUUGUAACAUUUCCUGUUGCUGAUGUAAAAUUAUGAGAUGAUUGUCAGUUAUGGUGAAGGAGGAAUAAAUUGAUCGUGUCGCACUA